UGGAGGAGGUAGAAGGUGUUCUCUCAUCUCGGCAGGAAGAUAAGAGCGUAAAAUCGCCAACGAUGUUACCCUGGGAUCGCUUCUCCAACUGGUUGCAUUGUGCCUGCGUGGUUACUUUUGACCUGGAACUUGGACAGGCGAUGGAGCUCAUCUAUCCCAGCCACAUCAAGCUCACAGAGAAAGAGAAAAUGAACAUCUGUUACUUGUCAUUUCCUGAUUCGAACUCAGGCUGUAUGGGAGACACGCAGUUUCACUUCCGGAUCCGACAGUGCCCAGGCCGACGGCAGAUGAUCCAGGCACACAGCCAGUACAACCGAGAUUGCCCUGUUUCACUUCAGUCGGACAGUGCUCACUACUACGGCUUUGUCUACUUCCGCCAGACAAAGGACAAGACCAUUAGACGAGGAUACUUCCAGAAGUCUGUGGUUCUCAUCAGUCGUCUGCCGUUUGUGUCUCUGUUCAGUCAGCUUGUGGGCAUCGUCACGCCUGAGUAUUUUGAAAAUGGUGAACCCAGUCUAGAAGCAGCUUGUCAUGACAUUGACCAAUGGCCGAUGCCGUUGCCAGGCGACACACUGAACCUCCCCAUCAUGGGGACAGUGAUACAGGUUAGAGUUCCUUGUUGCACUGACAAGGUGAUAGGGCAGCCCCAGCCUCGCAUCCCCAUCCCGCAUGAUAUUCCAGCGCACACAAUCCUGCCUUCAUUACAUGAAGUUGACAUAUACAGUGCAUUUCAGUCUAUUCUACCUCAUAUUCAACUGCUGUGGGAACUCGUACUUGUGGGAGAGCCCAUUGUUGUAAUGGCCGCAUCUCCCUCCGUCACCAGCAAUUGUGUUCAAGCUUUAAUCAACUUGAUAGCCCCCCUACGGUACUGCUCGGACUUCCGGCCAUACUUCACAAUACACGACAGUGAGUUCAAGGAGUAUACCACCAAAGUACAGGCACCCCCCUCGGUCAUCCUGGGAGUGACCAACCCAUUCUUUGCCAAGACACUGCAGCACUGGCCCCAUAUCAUCAGGAUCGGGGAGAUGGGUGGGAUAGGCAGCUCACCAAAGCCUUUCAACAAAUUAAAGAAAGCAAGUGCCCUGAAGACCUUGGACUCUAAACCAGGUGUGUACACGCGAUACAAAGCCUUCUUGAGCAAAGACAAGGCAAUACUUAAGAGACUCCUAAAGGGACAGAUGCAUCGACCUGUGGAGGCCCAGAACGCCAUCCUGCGCCGCCAUUACCUAGAGCUAACACAAAGCUUCAUGAUCCCCUUGGAACGGUACAUGGCAAGUCUCAUGCCCCUACAGAGAAAUAUCUCACCUCACAAGGCGCCACCUCAUCUACGACCUUUUGACCCUGAUGAGUUUCUUCGGACAGUGGAGACUUCAGGGCCACAACUGACGUCAGGCACCAAGGGAGACUGGGAGGGGCUGUACAGGCGUUACUUCCGAUCACCCAACUUCGAGGGCUGGUAUUUUGAGAGGCAGCAAGAGGUCAACAAGAAGCUACAGAUUCUCCACAUGGAUGUGCUGUGUAGUGCGAACCUGGUGGACUGGGUCGCUGACAAGGAGGAAGUGGAGGUGGUGGAUCUCAUACUCCGGCUCCGAGAAAAGAUGAAAUUUGCUGGAAACAAUCAGCUAAUUGUGGCAAAGGACAGUAUACAGAAGCUCCAAUCUCAUCUAGACUCCAUCAUCACUUCUCUCCCAGAAGAUCUGCAGGUUGUUCUCAAGACAUGACCUUCACCUUCAUAGUAGGACAAGGUCAUAAUGGGUGUGCCAUGCAGGCUACGUCGACCUCUAUGAGGUCAGAGUUCACCUCUAGGCAUCGCGGUGCAGACGCCAAACCUCAGCUAUGGGUGUGUGACAUGUGACAUCUGUGUGACAACUACUGAUGCCUGAAUGAAAAACAACACAACGCCUGCAAUGAUUUCAGCGCCAAAACACCAUCAAACCAACAGAAAGAAGGUUGUGUCCAAGAGUGCUACUCAUUAGCUGGGACUUUAUAUCAUUCCCAGAGUCAGAAUCAUUUCCAUUUUGCCUUCAUUGUUUGUGCCUCUGUCACGUUAGGUCACAGGUAGUCUAGCCUAAUGACAUGAGGUGGAUCAGAGUCUUAUCAAUGUUCAUAGGUCAAACAGUAUACUGACUAGUACAACUAGUAUGCAUGACUUGGAACAUAGAAUUGCUCCUUAUAAUUAAAAUGGUCAACUCUACACAUGGCAGUGAAAAAAACAAGCAUAAUGACCAAGAUGAAGUUUGUACCCAAAGAAGUGAUAGAUGAAUGUGCAAUACAGUUUUUCCAGUGAGCAUUUCUCAGUGUCAGAAUCAGUAGCUAGGGGAACAGCUUCUGGACUGCUGGACAAACCAAAUAAGGAGUUACUCUCAGAGUUGGCAUAAUCCAGUGCAAUCAGGAAUCUAUUCAACUGCAACGAGGGGCAUAGUGGAGGAGUACCGGUACCUCCUUAUUCAAGGAGUUUAAGAAAUUUGGUUUGUCAUAAUUAAGUUUUGCGAUUUUAACUCAUGUGAAAUGAUAAUUGGUUUUAGUUUGAAACCCAGGAUUUUAUUCAACGAAGAUGAUGACAAAAACAUUGAAAGGGAAGAUAAUUGUUGUUGUUUUUAAUUUUUAACCACUGUUUUAUAAACUAUUGAUAUUCUUAGAAAACAAGAAAUUAAUGAAUCUUUAUGAAAGAUAUUGUAACAAAAUAAUAGUUUGAAUGAAAUAUUUUCACAUCUGACGUGUUAAACACAAAUAUAUUUUGAAUUUUAAAUAUCACUUUCAGAAUUUAUCAGGGUUUUUAAAGGGUAUUUAUUCAUCUGUCACAAUAAAAUCAGGGUCAAUGUUUACAGAAACAAAAUAUUCAGGAUCUGAAGUUAUCUAAUUGAUUCAGGUGUUUUUAAUUGAAUGAUUAAGGGAAAACUUCCUCAGAGGACAUGACAAUAAAUAUCAUCAUGUCAUCGUGAUCAUGGUCUCAUUCUCAUUGUUAAGUGUGAGUGAUUUAUAAUCUGAUACACUGGUUCUAGUAUUACAUUCAAGUUUUCCAUGUGAUGUGAAGUGUACAUUAAUAUCAUUAUAUUUUAUGUAUUUAGUACUUACAUGGUGGAGUCGUCUCAGAUUGUUAUAUUUAAACGUUUUUUCAUGUUUGGGUGCUCUGCAAUCUCUCAUGUCCCAAUCAAACAGAUUUGCAAAGAGCAGAUUUUGUAACAGUUAUCUCCCUUCACUUGCCAGGAAUUGCUUGGUUUAAAUCCCACUUGUAAAAUUGUAAAGCCUGGUUUCUAGUGUCUAUUUCCAUUCAUUUUUCUGUUAGAAUUGAAAUGAAACCCAUUGUGUAUGGCAGUCCAGGUUAUAUAUAUUUUCAGUUUGUUAUGUUGUGAAAAUGUUUGAUAUCAAGAGACCUAAAGACAGUUCUCUGAACCUUGAGGUUUACUGGUGCUUGAAAGAGUGUAAUUAUCAGCUACUUGAAGGCUAACAGGUGCUUGAAAGAGUAAUUACAGCUACUUGAAGGCUAACAGGUGCUUGAAAGAGUGUAAUUAUCAGCUACUUGAAGGCUAACAGGUGCUUGUGAGGCUUAAUGGAGGCUAAGACACUAACAGGGCCAACAGAUGCUUGAAAGGCUAACAGGUGCUUGAGAGAUUACAGAGCACUAUUUUCUCCACAUCUUUGUGCUCUGGAGUUAUCAUGGUUACAUCACACAUCCCCGCACAACUUAAUUCUUCUCCAUCAGUCAGGAAUCUCACUGGAUAGUUUGCAGAUAUUCUUGAAGAAGCCUACUGUUUUGUUUCCAACAAUGAUUUUGAAUUUUCAUGGACUUAAAUGAAUUGCAGCAUCAGCUUUGUAUUUGUACAACCAGUGCAUUUGGUGUGUGCGGUUCAUUUGUUUGAGAUACAUGGACAGCUUAGAGGCACUUCAAACUGCAGUCACCAUUUUGUUAAUAAACCUUUGUAAUAUUGACCCAUCCCAUUCAAACUGAAGUUGAGCUAUGUUCAUUUCUUUAUUUGAUCAUGACUAUCUGUUUUGUGUGGAUUCAUCAACUUACACGGAGAGCAAAAUUCUAAAAUGAGUCUUUAGGGCAAGAGCAAUGUUUGCUGUUCUUUCAUGGAUGAGCCUUUUUUGUAUUUAAAAAAUUACAAAGUUACUUAUUAACAUAUUGUGUUAGGUUGUAAGUACUGGAAUGCUUGUUUUGAACAGCUUCAGUAUUUACACUGAACCCCAAAUGUUAGGAAUAUAUUUUACGUAACUUUAUGAAAUCAUCCUUUUUCCAAAAAUGGUCCCCAAAAUAGUCAUGAUCCUUACUUAACUUGUUCAGUACAUUUAUCAGAUACCUAAAUCAACUCGGACAAAAGUUUGGCUUUGCCCCUAGAUUUUGACAUAUCUGUUGAUCAGUUGACUGUGUGAAGGUAGAAAUUCUGUUGUCCUACCCAGGAUGUGAUGUUUUCCAAUGUCAAAUCAACCCAAAACAGCUUUGUAAUUAACUGAGGAUCCUCACCAUUCUGUUGAUCUGUGAUCUUCCUCUGGUGUGCUGUGACGGAAAUUGUUGUACAUUGUUCUAUGAAUCAGCAUUGUUAGAGUGUGUGACAUUGUCUCCUUCCCGGGAAGAUUUUCAGGAAAGAAAAUUUGCUGUCGUCGAUAAGUUGGUAUGUAAUGUAAAUGUAAUCUCAAAUGAACGGAUAUUUGAUAGAAGGUGCUAUGUUGAAAAGUUUCGUCAGGCUAAAAGUUUCAUAACAAAAAUAAAGACAUUUUCAUUAUGAUUGAGAUGAUGGCAUUAUAAGAUGAGAUUAGAAACUGACUAGAGUGCCUAUUGCCGUACAUACUGUGAGCUCUUUAAGUUUGUAUUAGUGAAUGAAACUCAAAUUUGGAAACUAUGGUUGAUCAGAGAUUGAAACUUUUCAAAAAGAGGCUUAAUAAU